AUGACGGAUCCGAGGGACGUUGAGUAUGAAGAGUCCGAUGGAGCUUCGCCCGGUGAACAACUUGUCCACGCCGCUCGCGGUAACAAUCUCGACCUAAUGAAGGAAAUCCUCGAGAAUUGCAAAAGCGAAGAAGAAGCCGCCGACCUCCUCAACAAUGCUAAAGAUGGGAACGGAAGUUAUGUGUAUCAUAUUGCUGCUAGUCAGGGACUCUAUGAAAUGAUCGACUGGCUCACCCGUCAAGAGGGAUUCGAAUGUGAUCCCAUCUCGCAGGCUUCGGGCGAACAGGCAGGAGAUACACCACUUCAUUCUGCCGUCCGCUUCAUCAACAAUUUACCACCCACCCCUACCAAUUUAGCCGCAGGUCAAGAAUUAGUGGAACUGAUGCUCGAAGCUGGUAGUGAGAAGGACAUCAAAAACAAGCGAGGCCAUACCCCCGUAACUUUAGUCGCAGCACAGAACCCCGACUUGAAGAAGUUUAUCCAGAAUUACACGUUUGAUGAUGAGGAAGAGACAUAUCCUGCACCGGAGAAGCAGGAAUCAAAUUAUCUGGAUUAUGAUGAGGUGGCCGAGGAGGACGAUGAUGAUGAGAGGAGUGUAUAUAGUGGAAGUGACAGUGAGGAGGAAGAAGAGUUCAACAGGCGUAAAGCAGAAAGGGCCAAGAAAGCAGGUUCAUAG